UACACUGCACAUCUAUGAACUGGAUUUAUUCUACUUUAUAGCUCAGAUCUUCUAGCUGUCUCUACAUAAACUUACAGCAUGAAAGGUUUAUAUUGUAAAGCAGGUGUGAGUGAUGCUGAGACCAAGUUCAUUAUUCAGGAAACGACUCUCCCUGAGGUGUUAGACAGUCAUCAGGUCAGAGUUCAGGUGAAGGCGUGUGGACUCAGCGCUGUCGACCUCAAGCUGCUCGAUGAUUUGGGGAUCCAGAGAGACUUCAUUCCUGUCGGCAGAGAGGUGGCCGGCGUCGUCCUACAAGUGGGUCCAAAUGUCGCCUUCUUCCAGCCGGAGGACGAGGUUGUAGGUAUUCUUCCUCUGGAUUCUCCCUGCUCUGGACUCUGUGAUACCAUUGAUGUGGAUGAACACUAUAUAGUUCAGAAGCCGGAGAAGCUCAGCUCGGUGUGUGUUGCCGGAGCGCUGCGUGACGCACUCUGUGCUUACACCGCUCUACACACACACGCUCACAUGGCAGCCGGACACACACUCCUGGUUCUGGACGGGGCCAGUUCUUUCGGCCUGAUGUGCAUCCAGCUGGCUUGUUACCAUGGAGUUAAGGUUUUUACGACGUCACACUCGCAGCAACAACACACAUUCCUGGAGCAGCUUCGGCCGAGUGUAGGUGUUCAGGAUCCUCUAGUCGCCAGAGUGAUCCCGGUCUACAAGGACCCCUCAGACCUGCUGCCGCUGGUUUUAGAGGAGACAGGAGGACUGGGAGUGGAUAUAGUCAUAGACUCAGGAGUGCGUCUGCAAGAGAACAAGGAAGGAGAUGAGAUGAAGCUCCUCCCACACAAGCAUGACAUCAUCAGCGUGUUGGGAGUGGGGGGGCACUGGGUCACAUCCCACCAAGGCCUGCAGUUGGAUCCUCCAGACUGCAGAUUACUCUACUUAAAAUCAGCGUCCGUGACUUUCCUCAACCCUGAAGUGUGGACGGCUUCGUCGGCGCAGCAGGGACGAUAUCUCCAUAUUCUGAAGGAUAUCGUGGAUAAGAUGUCAACGGGAGUGCUCAGACCUCAACCCGAAGAGGCCGUCCCGCUCUAUGAAGCCACAGUUACCAUGGAGACCGUGCAGCGUAACCAGAAGAAAAAGGCUGUCAUUCAACUGUGACCAAAAUACAGAAACUCUGCAGGGACGCUGCUGCAGAUA